AAAAAAAAAGAAAAAGAAAACAUUUUCCCUCCUGCACGAGGCGACUUAAACAGAUCAGCAGACGGUUGUUGGCGAUGUACGCUGCGGAGUGUUUCAGUCUGGGCUGCGUCCACAUGUGUUGAGCUCAUUUGGAACCCGCUCUGGGGUUUGGCUGGGUGGGGGGAGAAAGAAUAAUUUAAUUGGCUGGGGUUUUGUUCUGAAGCUGUGGAGGAGGGCGGAGUGGGAGGCAAAUAAUAAUAAUAUUAUAAAAUACCCAUAGUAACCCAAAUCCUCCUCCCCCACCCCGCCAGUGCGCGCGUAUCCGAGUAAAGUGCAGGAUGAAGAGUUGAAGAAAGCGUCAAUAAUAAUGUGACAGAGCUGAACUGAUUUAGAAGGGAACACGGGCCGCUUAGAAAAGGUUGGGCAUGGCCAUUUUCGGUAGAUCUGGAUCUUCUUCACCUUCCCUAGUCCAGCCACAGUACAGUACGUACGCACCGGGCUACAGGUGGUCAGAGAGGACAUUAAAUUCUUUAGAAUAUAUUAUUAUUCCUGAUGGGCCUAGAGGCUCAUCAAAUAGAGGAAGAGCAAGCUGGGAAGAAUAAUAAUGUUUAUAUAUGUAUGUAUUUUUUUAAGGUCCAGGCACACACUCUCCAAGCUCGGUCUGAACAAUGCUUGUUCAAGGCUAGACUCUGGAUCCGGGCCAACCAGAACUGGCCAGACCUGGCUCUGUGAAACAUGAAAAGGCAAUCUAAUUGUUGACGUUCCUUGUCCCUGCCUGCGAGCCUGCGACUGACGCAGUUAGCAGUAGUAGUAGUAGCAAGUAGCAGUCGUGAUGUUCUCUUCUCCAAUGCACCUCCAUACUUCUGCCACCAGCCAUGUGCUUCUUAUUUCCUUCUCCCCAGAGUUCCCCACCGUUAGUUAGCUUUAGCCGCGGGAAUCACUAGGACCCUGCUGGCAGCAGUCGCACCGGACUAAAGUGAGGCCGGGGGUGGAUAAGAUCCAGCCCGCUCCACGCCUUGCGACUCCAAGCCAGCUUUUAAUCAUCAGCCGGGGUCCACGUGAGACGCUUAGUUACUCCAGGCUGGGAAGCCUGGAAUCUGCUGCUGGAGCAAUAAUCAUUUAUUUUUGUGUCAUUUCCUUUCCCCUCGCAAUGUUAGUUACGAUGGAAAGGACUGGUUGAAUAACUCUUGACAACUGGGAGGGUAUAUAAUAUCCUGGGGGGGAAGCUGAGCCAUUGCACGUGUUCCCAUCAUGUCAUCUAACGACGACAAACCACAAGCUGCUGCUGAGGGGGCGCUGAAGCGGAAGCGCCCCGCUGCUUGUGUCCAUUGCCACCAAAGGAAAGUCCGCUGCGAUGCGCGGAAUGGAAUACCCUGCUCCAAUUGCCGUUCGUCGGGGAAGAGCGAUUGCCGCAUUCACGAGAAGAAGAAACGGACGCUCUCUCGAUCCCUUCGACAUCCGAUUCCUAUUCGAUGUGCCCCUUUACCUACGAAUAGUGCAGCUACCAGCGCAAGCAAGCAACCGCAGUCUGCAUCCCCAACCUCAUCGAACGUCCCUUCAUCAAAACUAAGUGGGCCUGACAUAAACCCUCUAGUACCACAGCCGUUUCUGGAAGGGUUUACUCAUGACUCACACGGCGAUGAAGAUGACACCCGUCAGCUUGAGAGACGCCUAGUCCAAAUUCUGGAUGAGGAAGACCACCACCGUUCCAUAAAGCCGGGCGUCAGAGUUAUAUACGUUGGCCAAGAUGUAUCCAACAUAAACUUUCUGUUUCGACAACAGCACAGCGACCGAAAUGAUCAGGUUUAUCAUUUCCCAGCAAAUGAAAUCUCGAAGCACUGUAUGAAGAAUAGCCUGGAGCAUAUUCCUCGAGAGACCUUUGUCCUUCCCGACCAGCAGCUUGCAGAUGAAUUGGUGGAUGCAUACUUCACCCACGUCAACCCUGGCUGUCCUAUAAUCGACGAGGACGUAUUUAUGGCACAAUACAAAGGUCGAGAUCCUUCAGAUCCUCCUUCGCUAUUACUUCUUCAGGCCAUCCUCGUUGUUGGUGCCCAUGUGUCUCGUCCACGGCCGCAGCGUGAUUCUCUCAAGACAGCAUUUUUCCGCCGGGCUAAGAUACUAUUCGACGCGCGUGUCGAACGGAAUAGGGAUAUUCUCGUACAAGCAGCUCUUCUACUUACCUGGUACUCCGAUCCUGUUGACGAUGACGUCUCCGCGAACUCUCACUACUGGGUUGGGGUAGCGGCUAGAAUCGCAACAGGUCUGGGAAUGCACCGCAAUGCAGGCUCUAGCAGGAUGGUAUCGACCGAUAAGCGCAUGUGGCGAAGGGUUUGGUGGAUUUUAGUUCAGUUCGACGUCAUGAUAUCAUUGUUAUAUGGAAGACCACAGGCUGUCAACUUAGAAGAUUCCGAUGUUGAGCCUCUUACUGCGGCAGAUUUCGAAGAUUGCGGAAGCCGGGUUCAAAUUGAUUAUGUGAUACACUAUACCGAGCUUUGCACUAUGAUAUCAUUCAUCAUGAAAGAAAGAUUUGGGCUACGAGUUAGUCCCGAACGGCGAAAGGCUGUUCUUAAUGAGGCAGAUAGAGCACUCGCGAAUUGGUCGCUAAUGCUCCCAGAUUCAGUUCGGAUGUCAACCGCAGACUCCGGUUCGUGGCCGGCUUUGCUCCAUCUGACCUAUAAUAACUUCCUGAUUUUGCUUCACCGCCCUCACCCUCGGGCUUCGGCAUAUUCAGAUGAUUACGGCCCCAAUGAUGCUGAGAUAUGCAGUGCAGCUGCUGGCGUAAUUGUCUCUAUCUUUGAGGAUCUUAGAGGGAAGGAUCGGCUCAAGUAUUUGUGGAUUUCAUCAGUCAAUGCCCUAUUCACAGCAAUGAUUCAAGUACGGGUGGAACUUCGAUUUUCAAACCCUGUAUUGGCCAUCAAUGGCCUUCGUCGAUUUGAUUCAACGCUCGCCUCCCUUCGCAUUCACGCGGAAUACUGGCUCAAUGCGGAAACAAUCCUACGCCUAUUUGAGAGUUCAAAACGCCUGCAGCGUGACAUCCAGGAUGUCAAGAUACGAGACUCCACCUACAAAUCGAGGGAUGCGGAUCACCAUCACCAGCACCGCAAAUACUCCGAACACCCAAGCCCUGACACAGAUCACCAACAAAAUUACUCUGAGCAAACCAGUCCAGACACGGAUCAACCACCAGCCCCAUCACAUCUCAACAAUACUGUCUGGACACCCACUGAGCCUCCGUUCGAGGACCGUGUCAUCAAAACUUCUCCUACAACUGCGCCAGCUCAGCAACCUGCCGUCGUCGACCACAUCGAAGUAGCAAAUCAGACGACGAAUGAACCCGGUGGGCCAGCGGAUUGGCGGCAACUCUUUUCAUUCGGUGACUCCGAGCAAGUUAGGCCAAUUGUGAUGGAAGACCUGACGGACAUGGAAGACGAGUGGCGUGAACUAUAUCUGCAUGAGCCGGGCAUGUCGGAUUAUUUCCAGGACACGGCUUGGAUGCAGCCUUUGUGAUAUAACUAUGCGAACGGCGUUUGAUGUUAUUACCACAUUAUCCUCCCACCCGGGACAUUCUUCUUCGUUCCGCGAAGGGAUGUCAUGUUUCGUUGAUAAGACGGCAUUGAUAACUCAUCACGAAUCCAACUAGAGGACGGAAUAUACGUGUUUCUCUGUGAUUUCAGUUUUGACUGGCCCCCAGCAGCCGGUCCUGACAGCAAAUGAGACCUGCUCGUACAAUCCUUUCAAAUUCGAACUGGUUGAAACCCCGAUUUCAACAAAACCCCCUCCGUGAUUGAGAAGUGUGAUGCCGCCAGCUUAAUAAAAACACCGUAUCCCUUUGAUGCAUUCACCCCUAGCGAUAUCAAAUCCAGAUUUCUUUUGCGAAGCUGGUUCAAAUGCACACAUAUACAUACACACCAUCUUUUCAACAGAACUGAACCUUCAACACAACACAAGUGCAUUCAACACUAGAUUUCCCAAAACUAGGCUGUCAGGGAGCUUUUCACAAUUUAGCAUACUGAGGUUAAGAAAGAGAACUCCCGAAAAGAUCGAUGUGGGUGGGGUUGUAUCACCCUCCAGCUUCGGAACAGGCAUACGAGGCGAGGGAGGAGAGAGGCAGGGUCGCAAACUGCUGCGAUCUUUUUUGCGAUCUCCGCUGACAAUGUUACCUGUAAGCUUACAAUGGCCCUCACUUCUUUUUCUCGGUACAAUAUAUUUUCUGGCCACCAGGGGGGUUCAGUGCUAAUGUGGCUAAAAUAAGGGGAUUUGGCAAUUUUCUCGAGCUUCAGCUGCUGAGGUACCGGAUAAUAAACCAAUUACGAGGCAAAUAUGUUGCCAGUGGAAUAUAUAUAAUAUUUAAUAUUGGCAAUUUUUUCCUUCUUCUGGGCAGUUAGCUCUGCUUUUCAUUUAUUUUUUUGGAAACUGUUUAGUAGAAAUAUAUAGAUAUCUAACCCAUUCAAAAAUUGAGUUUAUAUUAACUCUCUAUUUCUCUGAGGUUUCUCACAACAUAACAGAGAACCUGUGAAAUAUAAUAAGCUAUAGAUAUCAAUUCAUACGAAGAUAUAACUUGUUUUUUUGCUAGCUCAUUUAAUCCCCUAUCUUAAA